CAACACCCCACUUUUCCUUUGUUCAAGUCCAACACGAUGCGCAUAUGAGCCCGCGAUGUAUAUCAAGCAGAUUAUCAUUCAAGGGUUUAAGUCCUACAAGGACCAGACAAGUAUCGAGCCAUUCUCGCCUCGCAACAACGUUAUUGUCGGGCGCAAUGGCUCGGGGAAGAGCAACUUCUUCGCCGCCGUGCGAUUCGUCCUUGGCGACGAGAACUGGGGCACGAUAUCGCAACAGGAUCGAAGUGCAUUGCUUCACGAGGGUUCGGGCUCUGCCGUCGUGACGGCGUACGUGGAGGUUAUAUUCGACAACAGCGACGAUCGAUUCCCUACGGGCAAGCCUGAGCUUAUCUUGCGACGGACGAUUGGCAUGAAGAAGGACGAGUAUUCUAUUGACCGAAAGAGCGCGUCACGAACCGACGUAGUGAACCUGCUGGAGUCGGCUGGAUUCUCGCGAUCAAAUCCUUACUACAUCGUCCCACAGGGUCGCGUUACGGCCCUCACCAACAUGAAGGACGGCGAACGAUUGAAUCUGCUGAAAGACGUUGCCGGGACCAAAGUUUAUGAGGGACGUAGAGCGGAAUCGCUUAAGAUCAUGGAGGACACUGACCACAAGCGGAAGCGUAUCGACGAUCUGUUGGGCUACAUCAACGAGCGCCUCGCGCAACUUGAGGAAGAAAAAGCUGAGCUGCUUAAGUACCAAGAACUUUCGAAAGAGGUCAGAUGCCUGGAAUUCACUUUGUUCGAACGGGAGAAACAGACGAUUACGCACAAGCUCGAACAGAUUGAGGCUAGGCGGACGACGGGCGUCGAAAGCACUGACGAGGAUCGCGAGACUUUCAUAGAGAGACAGGCGGAAAUCGAUAAGCUCGAUGAUAGCAUUAAACAGCUUCUCCAGGACCGGGACAUUUUGCUGUCUGAGCGGCGGCAGUUGGAUGACGAGCGAAAGGACAAAGUUCGCGAGAAGGCUAGAGUAGAGCUCGAAGUCCGUAACCUUGUUCAGGGCCAAGCUUCAGCACAGCGAGCGAAGGCACAGUAUGAAAGUCAGUUAAAGAGCGUUCAGCAGGAUAUCAAGUCGAAGCAACAAGAGCUGAACGAACUACUCCCGACGUACAACAAACAGUUGGCGCAGGAGAAGGAAGUUUUGGCGCAGUUGGAGUCCGCUCAGGCUGGAUAUGACAGACUACGUGCAAAGCAGAACCGUUCGCAGGUUUUCAAGAGCAAGCAAGAUCGCGACCGCUUUUUGCAAGCUCAAAUCGAAGAGAUCACGCUCAACUUUGCGAAGCGAAAGGCAAUUGCAAUGCAAAUUGCGGAGGAUAUUGCCAACACUCAAAAGAACAUUGCUAGGCUGGAAGCCGAGAUCGAAGAACUGCAAAACCGCUUGAGUAAUCGUGGCAGCGACAUGGAGUCCAUGUCGACAGAGCUGAAUCAGGCAAAGGAAGAACUGCAGAAGCUGCAGGAUGAGCGCAGAGAGCUCUUCCGCGAACAGGAUAAGGUGAGGAAGCAGCUUGAAACGGCACGUCAAAAUCUCAGCAACGCCGAAUUCAAACUCAUGAAGAUGACGGACCGGAACACGUGGGAUGCGAUCAAGUAUCUUCGCUAUCUGCGAGAUGAAGAGGGCAUGGAAGGCUUGUAUGGCACACUCGGGGAGCUGUUCGAAGUCAGCGACAGGUUUAGAACAGCAGUCGAAGUAACCGCUGGCCAGAGCUUGUUCCAUUAUGUUGUGGACAAUGAGGAGACUGCUUCGAGGGUCAUUCAGAGACUGCUCAAGGAAAAGCGUGGACGUGUCACUUGCAUGCCGCUCAACAGAUUGCAGGCACCACAGGUCAACAUUCCAAAUUCCGCCGAUGCAAUCCAUAUGGUGUCUAAGCUGAACUUCGAUCCGCGCUUUGAGCCGGCUAUGCAGCACGUCUUUGGCAAGACCAUAAUCUGUCCGACCCUUCAGAUUGCAUCUCAAUAUGCCCGAAGCCACUCCCUGAGCGCAAUAACCCCAGACGGCGACCGUGCUGACAAGAAGGGUGCUCUGACGGGUGGUUUCUACGACAUUCGAAGCUCGCGCAUCGAGGCUGCGUCAGAGGAAGCCAGGGCCCGAGAGGCCGUGCGGUCUUAUGAAGCAAGAAACAGGGAGAUCGAAAAGAAUCUCGAGAUCAUGAACCAACGGAUUACUAAGGUGGACAGUGAAAGACGCAAGAUUGAAAACCGUAUGAAACUCGCUGAUGAUGGCUAUGACCCCAUGAGACAGGAGCUCCGUAGCAAAAUCAACGAGCUGCAGCGCGAGCGUGAUACUUUGGAGAGGCUUCAGCAGCAACGCGAGAGUCUCGAAGCUGAAGAGCGCAAGGCUAGCGAAGAUCAAAAGGCUUAUGAGACUGAAUUACAAUCGCCGUUUCAAAAAGCUCUGUCACCCGCUGAGGAGCAAGAGCUGCAGAACCUGGCGACCACGAUUCAAGCUCUACGAAGGGAGCUUACAAUCCUCAGCACCAAGCGUUCGGAAACGGAGACACGCAAGCUGAGCCUCGAGUCGGAACUGAGAGAGAACUUGCGACCCAGGCUGGAUGAGUUGAACGCUCAAGCUUUCGACACAAGCGGUGUUAUGGGUGUGAGCGGCGCCUCGGACGCCUUCCUUAAAGAGCAACAACGUGAGCUCAAACGGAUCGUAAAGUCUGUUGAGAACAUCGAGAAGCAGAUCGCGGAAGCUGAUGCAAGUAUUGAAAAAUUCGACGCCCAGUUGCAGCAGUAUGAAAAGCGUAAGGCGGAGUUGGAAAAUCAGCAGAAGCAGCUGGCCAAAGCCAUCGAGCAGCGGCAGGCCGAGCUUACCAAGAACAUGAACAAGAAGGGAUCGUUGACACGGCAGCUGCAGGAGGUCAAUAAGCGCAUCCGUGACCUUGGGGUUUUACCUGACGACGCAUUCGACCGCUACAAGCGCUUCGACACCGAAAAGAUUGCGAAGCGACUACCCAAGGUGCGCGAGGAGCUCAAGAAGUUUGCACACGUCAACAAGAAGGCAUUUGAGCAGUACACGAACUUCACGCGCCAGAGGGAGGGGCUCAAAGAACGACGCAAGGACCUGGACGCGAGUCAUGAAUCAAUACAGAAGCUCAUCGACCAUCUGGACAUGAAGAAAGACGAGGCGAUCGAGCGGACGUUCAGACAAGUCAGCAAGGAGUUCGCAACGGUAUUCGAGAGGCUCGUGCCAGCGGGCAAGGGACGCCUGGUCAUCCAGCGCAAGACUGACCGUCAGCUGCGUGAUCCUGACGACAGCGAAGAGGAAGACCUCAGCAAGACGGUGGAGAACUACGUCGGAGUGGGGAUCAGUGUGAGCUUCAAUUCCAAACAUGACGACCAGCAGAAGAUACAGCAACUUUCUGGUGGACAGAAGAGUCUGUGUGCCCUUGCGCUGGUGUUUGCCAUCCAACGCUGCGACCCUGCGCCGUUCUACCUCUUCGACGAGAUCGACGCGAAUCUGGACGCACAGUAUCGGACCGCCGUUGCGCAGAUGAUCCGCGAGCUAUCGGUGGGCGAGGGCGGCCAUGGUGAAGGCGACGCCCAGGAAGGCGCAGCGCAGUUUAUUUGUACGACGUUUAGACCGGAGAUGGUGCAGGUGGCUGAAAAGUGCUAUGGCGUCACAUACACGAACAAGACGAGCAGCAUCGACGUGGUUAGCAAUGAGGAUGCGAUGGCCUUCGUCGAGGGCGCGAUCAGCGGACGGUGAGCAUGUUUGCCGCGUUCUUCCGAUCGAGCAGUCGACUGCGCCGACCUCACGGUCUGAUCCAGUCGGGCUUUGGGGCGUCGACACGGACGCGGGUUUGUUGAUGAUCUACGGCACGGGCGCAAUGGAAUGCAGGCUCGAUGAUGGGAUACAGCGCGGAGCACAUUGUACUAUUUCGUAGUGGGAGCCAAGAGGGCCUUGAAUCUGAAUUAGGGCGCAGAUGAUGUUCACGACUCUUGUCCUUCUCUCCGAUGACGCUCUUGACUCGCGAGGCUGUGUGUUGUCCAUAAGCACUUGGUGCUUGGCUUCCCUCUCUCGACGUAUUCAUUCAAACAUCUGGCACGACGACGACCAG